AUGGAAACGGAGGUCCGCAAGGCGGCCAGAGUUCGCGCCGAGGACACCGCCAUCGGGGUAUUCGCCGACAAUAUGCGGGAGUUGCUGCUGGCCCCGGCCCUGGGUCAGAAGAACAUCCUGGCCCUGGAUCCCCGGAUUUCGCUCCGGCUGCAAAUUGCCAUCGCCGUGGGCAACGGCACCGCCGGACGAGAGACCCAAGCCUUUCUGAGGACUCUGGAGUUGGACCCCCAAAUUGCGGUGGUCAUGGUCAACGAGAGCGGGGCCUCGGUCUACUCGGCAUCGGAGGCAGCGCGAACUGAAUUCCCGGACCAGGACAUCACCGUUCGGGGGGCGGUCUCCAUCGGUCGCCGCCUCAUGGAUCCCCUGGCCGAAUUGGUCAAGAUAGAUCCCAAGUCCAUCGGUGUGGGUCAGUACCAGCACGACGUUGAUCAAAAGGCCUUGAAGCAACGUCUGGACGAUGUGGUGGUCAGUUGCGUCAACCAGGUCGGGGUGGAACUGAACACCGCCAGCCGCGAGCUGCUUUCCUAUGUUUCGGGUCUGGGGCCCCGUUUGGCCAAUGCGAUUGUGGAGUACCGGAACCUUAACGGCCCUUUCACCUCCCGUGACGCUCUGAAGAAAGUGCCGCGCCUGGGCCCCAAGGCUUUUGAACAGGCGGCUGGGUUUUUGCGCAUCAGAGAGGGCGCCCAGCCGCUGGACGCCAGCGCGGUGCAUCCCGAGUCCUACCCGGUGGUGGAAGCAAUCGCCAGAGACCUGGGCCGUCCUCUGGACGAAUUGCUGGGCGACGCUGCUAUCGGCGGUCAGAUUGAUCCCAGUCGCUACGUCAGCGAUCAGAUCGGCCUGCCGACACUAAACGACAUAAUCGGAGAACUGGCCCGGCCGGGACGGGACCCCCGCCAAGAGUUUGAGCCGUUCGACUUCGCAGCAGGCGUCCACCGGAUCGAGGACCUGACGGUCGGCAUGAAAUUGCCCGGAGUGAUAACCAACGUGACCGGUUUCGGCGCCUUUGUCGAUGUUGGCGUACACCAGGACGGGCUGGUCCACAUCAGCCAGCUGGCUGAGGGGUUCGUCAGUAAUCCCUCGGAUGUCGUCAAAGUGCAACAGCGGGUGUGGGUGACGGUACUUGAGGUAGACCUCGAGCGCAAACGGAUUGCCCUGUCUCUGAAGUGA